CGCAGGAAGGCGGAAGUGCGGUGCCUGUGCUGGAUUGUGACUAUGGAGCAGUGAUCUUCCGCACAUCGGCAGCCCAGGACCAGAACACCGGGUCCUGACUUGCAAAACUGAUGCCUUAUGAAUCCCUACACACCACUGGAAUGUAAAGAGUCUAUGAACCCCCUGCGGAUCAGUGUGGGUGGUCUCCCUGUUUUGGCCUCCAUGACAAAGACUGCAGACCCCCGUUUCAGGCCACGCUGGCGUGCCAUUAUAGCUUCCCUAUUGGGCUUAGCAUUAUUGCUGUUGCUGCUCGGCUACCAUCGCUCUUCAAGCCCCAGAACGGUCUUGCCUAAUGCUCACAACUGGAAGCUGGUUCAGUCCUUAGGGGGUGAACUGUAUAAUGACACCUACCCCCUGACCCCGCCCCAGAGGACCCCAGAUGGGCUGCGCUACCAAAUUGCAGUUAUUGCAGAUUUGGACACGGACUCCCGCAGCCCCAAAGACCACACUUGGUUCAGCUACCUCAAGAAGGGUCACCUAACGCUUUUCGACAGUGGCGACCGAGUGACGGUAGAGUGGGAGAAAGAGGACAUCGUCUUGGAGACGCACUUGGCCGAAAAAGGGCGAGGAAUGGAACUGUCUGAGCUAAUAGUGUUCAAUGGGAAGUUGUAUUCGGUGGAUGAUCGUACAGGGGUCAUUUACAGGCUGGACGGAAGCAAAGCCAUACCGUGGGUCAUACUAACGGACGGAGAUGGCACAGUGGAUAAAGGUUUUAAAGCUGAAUGGUUGGCCGUAAAAGAUGAGCUCUUGUAUGUCGGGGGGCUGGGAAAGGAGUGGACGACGACUACUGGCAAGGUGCUGAAUGAAAACCCUGAAUGGAUAAAGAUAGUAGGGCCCCGCGGUGAUGUGCAGCACCAAAAUUGGGUUCCCAACUACAACUUUUUACGAGAGGCUGCUGGUAUAAAGCCCCCAGGUUACUUGAUCCAUGAGUCUGCAGCCUGGAGCGAUUCGCUACAUAGCUGGUUUUUCCUGCCACGCCGCGCCAGUAAAGAACGGUACAGCGAGAAAGAGGACGAAAUGCGCGGUACGAACAUCCUCCUACGAGCGUCUGCUGAUUUCUCUGACAUAACGCUUUCUCACGUGGGAACACAAAAUCCCACCCAUGGAUUCUCCUCGUUCAAAUUCAUCCCAAGCACAGACGAUCAGAUGAUCAUAGCUCUGAAAUCGGAAGAGAACAACGGGGAAGUGGCGACGUACAUCACAGUCUUCAUUUUGGAUGGUCGAGUCCUGUUACCCGAGACGAAGAUUGGUAACGUAAAGUAUGAAGGAAUUGAAUUUAUCUGAUGAUCUGGAAUUAAAUUAAUUUUAUAAAACAAACGCUCCAAAUGCCAUUUUUACUAUAACUGAUCAUAUUUAAUAAAGAAGAUGGUGGAAGUUUGGGAGGUAACCGGUUUUGUCUAGAAUGUACGUCUGAAACACCAGCUGGUGUCUCCUUGGUCUUUUUAUUAAAAGAUAUUUUUAAUAAACCUUCAGGUUGUUUGCAUUGUA